UUGUUCACCCAGAUUGUCAUUGCAGCAAUAUCGGCUCAAGCACCUCUCGUUACAGCAAACCGUGGAACUAAUUUAGAAGUGGAAGCACUUGUACUUGUAUGUCAUAAAUGUCUUCUACUCCAGGCCUACUGUCGUGCUUUGGUGAGGCUUGGGGGAGUCACAGAUGGUGGCAAGUGGGUUUGUAACCCUUUUCAUUUGCGAGGACGAAGAGGAUGCCUUAUUUUUUCUUUAGGAGUCAACAACGAAAUAUCUUUUGAUGUUGCUUUUCAAAGAGCAACACUUCAAGCGUGUCACCCUUAUGCUUUCGAUAAGGUAGGUAGAAAAAAAUUAACUGGCCAGCAUUGCCGCUAUAAGUUAUCCAUUAUUUUAGGCAACAAAUUUGAUGUGAUUCCCGCAGCAGUUGAAAACACUAAAAUUUGUCAGAUUCUCGUCGAAGUGCAUGGCAGUGCCACUGAUAAUGUGCGUCUUCUUCAGAUAGAAAUGUCUCGUAAUGGUUACUACCUUCUUUCGUAUGAAAUUAACGGGUAUUCUCUCAACCUUUGCGAGUAUAGCCUUAUUCAUGAAUCUUGUCUUGACGCGUAUGGGGCCGAAGUUUUAGCGAAAUACUUUUCAUAA